UCUACCCUUCGAAUUGACAAUAACGCGAAUCGAGGAUGAGUUUUAUUGGGAACGCGCGGCCAAGGACAGGUGGGAACACAACGAUCCGAACGAACACGGCGGCUCAUGGCGACGGUUAUACUGCGAACGCCACUUAGCCGAAUAUUUGGAAACUUUGGAAGCGAGCUAUUUCGAGUCUCAAAGAGAGGAAUAAAACAGGUAAAACGACCGAAUGUGGAGAAUAACGAAGCAACUUUCGAGGAAGACGUCGCGCAUCAUAUUCCCAUGGCAAUUAUAUUAUCGCAAUUCCCGCAUCUCGCCGAAAUUUACCUCAACUUCGGUAUGAUCUAUAUGAACGAUGGUUUUGAGUGGCGAGACUUCGAGUUCUCGUUGGAGGAUUGCGAGAGUCUGGGAGCAGGAAUUAAAACCAGUCCAAAAUUGCGAAAAUUUAGUUUAACUCGCAGCAAUUUGGAUCGGCCUCGAGUCGCCGCUAUUCUUCAAGGGAUGGCACUAAAUGACAAUAUUGAGGAAUUGGAUCUGUCACAUUGCAAGUUGAUGGACACCGGUGCGCACGCGGUGGGCGAAUUUCUGUCAAUGCAUCGGAAAUUGCAGAUUCUGCAUUUGGCGAACAAUAGCAUAGGACCAGAUGGAGCGGCCGGCCUCGUUCAUGGAAUAUUGAAAGCGAGCUCAACUGCUCUAAAAAAUUUAGAUCUCAGACUGAACCCUCUGCAAGAUGAGGGGGCUAAUCAUAUAUGUGCACUUCUGGUGAGAAACGAAACUUUGGAAACAUUGAACAUCAGCGGCUGUGGAUUAGGACCGGAAGCUGGUAUAGCGCUUGCCGAAGUUCUCUCUUGCGUAAAACUCGAGAUGUUAUCUCUCGAUGUAUCUAACAAUGAUUUUGGACUAACCGCUGGAGAGUCAUUCGAGGCGGCUGUGGGGUCUUGCUCGUACAUUAUCCAUUUGGACGGUCGAAUGUGCAAUUUCGCGAAAGAAUCGGAGUACUCGAUCAAUGAGAACGCGCGCAGGAAUAAACAAAAUAUGAAAAAGGAGAAGAGCAAAAUAGCGUUUUGCCGAAGAAACAGUGUCGAUAAUUCAUCUAGUGCCAAGAGUUUGCAACAACAGUCGGAAGUUGGAUCGUCAUUCCCCGAGCCAAAGGGUAUUGUGAAUCGCUUUACAGGCGAACAAAUCGAUGUUGGCGAGCAGGAGAUGAUGAAAUCAAUUUUGAAAGCUCGGCGUAUAAAGUAGUUCUAUCUACUGAGAGGAGGAGUUCUCUUCUGUGGUCAUGGAAAAUUUAAAACGCCGUUUGGCAGCGACGCAUCCAGAGAAGCACACCGGUGCUUAUCCUAGCGGAGUUUUCAAAUAAAAUGAUAAAAUAAUAA